CCCAGGUAGGGCUGCCUGGGUAUCCUGUACAACUCGCAUCUUUCAAUUUUAGGCACAGGCAGAGAGGAUGCUGGUAAAGAUUGCAGAGUAUGACUUUACACUAGCCGAUUACAUUCGAUUGAAAGUUCUAAAUCCUUUUCAACAGACUCAUUUUGUGCAUAUCCUGCAACUAGAGCAUUCAAAGAGACCGCAUUUCUUUGAGAUAUCCUCUCAAACAGUUCAGGUGCGUUGUCUAUGCUUCCAUAUUUUGGAAGCAUGUUUACUAGAGCAUUUCCAGCUGUAAUUAUGGACGUCCAUAACCUGUAUUAAAGCUCCCAUUUUGUCACAAGCCGGGAGCAUGCGUGCUGUUAGGGUUGGAAACCUGUUUAAUGUAUACGGAGAUGUUACAGGCGGGAAAAUCCGGUUUAAAAAAAAUUAAAGCUUGCGUGGGAUUGACUGUGACAUGAAAUGGCGAAGGGGAUGAGUUAAGGGGCCCACUUAAGCGGUCAAUGCUUAGAGCAAGCCCAACCAUCGGAGAUUCCCUCUUCUGUUUAGUUGUCUACAACCAGUGUCUCCAUAAUUAUCAGUAAAUGUUUGAUAAUCCCAAUCCAACAUAGAAGAGCUCAAGUCAAAGAACAGAGAAGCUCAUGCUAACAAUAACAGCAUCAACAGGGGAGCAGCUCAUGCUAUUUGCCGCCAAAAAAGUAGUUAGUGAACAAUUGAUUUUAUUGUUGAAAUAAUGAUGGAGUCCAUUUGGGCAAAGCAAUUGUUGGGGCUAGGCGAAGAUAAGCAACGGGGAGAACUUGGCGAUAGUAUCUUUGGAGUUUACAUGCGGUUUGCGCUUGCAAUUGUUCCUCACCCGGUCUUUGUUGUUAGUCUUAUCCUUCCCUUUUUCUGGAAAAGAUGUAGAGUUUGCACGCAAGAGCCAAAAUCCUCUGUUUUGAUAACUACUUAUUCCAAGAAGUUGCAAUAUGUGAUUACGUAUAAAAUGGCUCUACUUACUUGUGUAUCUCUGUUAGUGUUGUAUUGCAUACUUGGAAUAUGGAGCCCUUUAUAUUGGUGGCUAAGGGCAAGGCCUAAAGAUUUUGGAGCCGAAGGAGAGUAUGUUUUUCAGGCCAUGGCUUGGGCUAUCAUCUCAGCCUAUGCAUAUUAUUCCCUUCUGAAAGAAAGUAAAGAGAAGUUUCCACUUUUACUUCGGAUGUGGUGGAUAUUGUUGUUGAUUCUUUAUGCGUUCUUCUUGUUCCUCAAUAUUCAUGAGAUGAAGGAACAAAAUCACAUUACCCUCAGUAUUGUGGUUGAAAUUCUGGCUCUCUUUCUUUCAGCCUUUUUGGGUUAUGCUAGUUUUUGCGGCAGAACUGGUGAGAGCUUUUUAACUCAAAGCAUUGAAGAACCUCUCUUGAACGAUGUUUCAGAAAUUUCUGAAAACCUUAAGCCAAAAGUCACUCCUUAUGCAACAGCAAGCUUUCUCAGCCGGAUGUCAUUUUCUUGGAUGAAGCCUUUGCUUGAUGUUGGCCAUAAGAAGCCUUUGGACAUAGAUGAUGUACCCCAAGUUGUAGAUGUUCACAAGGCUGACCAUGUUUACCGUAAAUUUAGAAAUCAAUUAGAUGCCAAAGGCAGUGGCUCAUCAAUAGCAAAAAUAUUGUUUCUCAUUGUUCUGAAGGAUGUACUCUUUACAGGAUUGCUGAUUUUAAUAAGAUCUUGUUCAUCGUAUAUAGGUCCUUACUUCAUAGAUAACUUUGUUCAGUGUCUUGCUAAAAAGGAACAGUUUGCUAGUGAAGGCAUUAUUCUAGCUUUUGUAUUUCUUCUUGCAAAGCUUGUGGGAUCUUUGUCAGAACGCCAUUUAACCUUCACAACAGUUCACAUAUGCAUAUGUGUUAAGGCAGCACUCACAGCUGCUUUAUACAAGAAAGGCUUGAUGCUUUCCAAUCAGGCAAGACAAAAACAUACGAGUGGUGAGAUAAUCAAUUACAUGAGUGUUGAUGCUCAGCGUAUUGAAGAGCUCAGUUGGUAUGUUCAUGACAUUUGGGCUGUACCUCUGCAAAUUCUUCUGGCGAUGGUUAUUCUAUAUCAGACCUUGGGAUUGGCCUCUCUUGCAGGAGUGGCAGCCACAGUGCUAGUCAUGAUGGCAAAUUCUCCAUUAGUGAAAAUGCAAGAAAAGUAUAAUGAAAAGAUCAUGGAAGAAAAAGACAAACGGAUGAAGGCUACAUCAGAGACACUGAGAAAUAUGAGAAUCUUAAAAUUGCAAGCCUGGGAGUCCAGAUUUCUGCUGAAACUCGAAACAUUGAGGAGGGAAGAAUGUGGUUGGCUGAAAAAGUAUUUUUAUGCACUUUCUGUGACAACAUUUAUCUUUUGGGGAGCACCCACAUUUGUGUCUGUUGUCUCUUUUGGUUCAUGCAUAAUACUAGGUGUGCCUUUAACAACAGGCAGAAUUCUCUCUGCACUUGCAACUUUCAAGAUACUCCAGGAACCCAUAAACAGCCUUCCGGACUUUAUAUCUGUGAUUGCUCAAAGCAAAGUGUCAUUAGAUCGUAUAGCUGACUUUUUGAAUCAGGAAGAACUGCAACAAGAUGCAGUAGAAAAAGUCUCCAAAGAUUCAACUGACUACGCAAUUGAGAUCCAAGAAGGGGUAUUCUCUUGGGAUCCUGCAGCACCUACUCCAACUAUAAGAGGCUUAGAUGUCCAUAUAAGGAAAGGCAUAAGGGUUGCAGUGUGUGGAACUGUUGGUUCAGGAAAAUCAAGCUUCCUAUCCUGCAUGCUAGGGGAAAUAUCCAAAAUGUCAGGUGUUGUCAAGAUAAGUGGCACCAAGGCAUAUGUUAGUCAGUCUCCGUGGAUACCAAGCGGGAAAAUCAGAGACAAUGUUCUCUUUGGGAAGGAAUGGGACAAAACCAGGUAUGAGAGUGUACUACAGGCUUGUGCAUUUAAAAAGGAUCUUGAAUUGUUUCCUUAUGGAGACCAAACAGAAAUUGGAGAAAGAGGAAUAAAUCUGAGUGGAGGGCAAAAGCAAAGGAUACAGAUUGCGCGUGCUUUAUAUCAAGAUGCCGACAUUUAUCUUUUCGAUGAUUCUUUCAGUGCUGUUGACGCACAUACCGGGACACACAUUUUCCAGGAAUGUCUACUUGGUAUUCUGGGCUCAAAAACUGUAGUCUAUGUCACACACCAAGUCGAGUUUUUAUUUGCAGCUGACCUCAUUCUGGUAAUGCGGGAUGGUGAAAUUACGCAGACUGGAAAAUAUGAAGAUAUAUUACAAUCAAACACACAUUUUGAGGAAUUAGUGGGUGCACAUAAGAAGGCAUUGAAAUCCAUCGAUGACAUGGAGAACUCUGAGAUCCUCUCAUCACAGGUACUCUUUGAAGGAUCAUCUACUGAUAAAAAGACUAGUGUGAAAGAUGUUAAUCAUGAAAAGCUCCAGAAAGCACAAAAGGUACAUGAAGAGAUUGAAUCGCAAAAUCAGAGAGAGAAUGAAAAAGAUAAAGAAGAUAGAAGUUCACAGCUUGUGCAAGAAGAAGAAAGAGAGAAAGGCAGGGUGAGUAUGUGGGUGUACUGGUCUUACAUUUCUGCUGCAUACAAAGGAGCUUUGAUUCCUAUCAUUUUAUUGGCGCACACAGUAUUUGAGCUGCUCCAAAUAGGUAGCAAUUACUGGAUUGCAUGGGCAACUCCUUUGACUGAAGACCAAAGGCCCCCUGUUACCAAGUCCUUCCUCAUUCUAGUUUAUAUAACUUUGGCAUUAUGCAGCUCAUUAUGUAUUCUUGCGAGGACUAUCCUGCUUUGUCUAACUGGGUUUGAAAGUGCCAAACAACUUUUCAGUAAAAUGCACAGCUGCAUAUUUCGGGCACCGACGUCCUUUUUCGAUGCAACUCCAACUGGCCGUAUACUGAAUCGGGCAUCAAAUGAUCAGAGUCAGGUGGACCAAGUCAUUCCUUUUCAACUAGGAUCUGUAGCUUUUACGUUUAUAGAGAUUUUGGGAAUUAUUGCAGUCAUGUCUCAGGUUGCUUGGCAGGUCUUUAUUAUGUUCAUACCCGUGCUUGCAAUUUGUAUAUGGUAUCAGCAAUAUUACAUAGUGACAUCUAGAGAACUUUCUAGGUUAAUUGGAGUUUGUAAGGCUCCUAUCAUACAACAUUUUGCAGAAUCAAUAUCCGGAGCAGCUACAAUCAGGAGUUUUGACCAGGAGACUCCAUUCAUGAAUAGAAAUCUACAUUUGAUUGAUGGAUCUUCUAAACCCAGAUUCCACAAGAAUGGGGCCUUGCAGUGGCUUUGCUUUCGGUUGGAUCUUUUAUCAAAUCUUAUAGUUGUGUUCACUAUGGUGCUCCUACUUUGCUUGCCAGAAAGUGUAAUUAAUCCAAGCAUUGCGGGUUUGGCAAUAACAUAUGGUCUCACUUUGAACCUUGCACAAGCCUUGCUGAUAAGAUACUUAUGUAAUUUGGAAAACAAUAUGAUCUCUGUAGAGAGAAUAGUGCAGUACUUACGCAUACCUAGUGAACCUCCAUUGAUCAUAGACAACUGUAGACCAAAUUCUUGCUGGCCAUCAAGAGGAACAAUUGAUAUCACCAAUCUUCAGGUGCGUUAUGGGCCACAUCUCCCACUUGUAUUAAAAGGAAUUUCAUGCACUUUCCCUGGAGGGAAGAAUGUUGGGAUCGUAGGGCGGACAGGCUGUGGAAAAUCUACUCUGAUUAAAUCACUCUUUCGAAUUGUAGAUCCGGUAGGAGGCAGAAUAGUUAUUGAUGGAAUUGAUAUCUUAACAAUAGGUCUACAUGAUCUAAGAUCCACACUAAGCAUCAUUCCGCAAGACCCAACAAUGUUUGACGGCACUACAAGGAAUAAUCUAGAUCCAUUGGGAGACUAUUCAGAUGAUCAGAUUCAGAAGGCUUUGGAGAAAUGUCAGCUAGGGGAAAUCGUCCGGUCGAAAGAGAAGCUCGAUUCUCUCGUAACUGAGAAUGGAGAGAACUGGAGUAUGGGACAAAGACAGCUUGUGUGCUUGGGAAGGGUGUUACUAAAGCAAAGCCGCGUAUUGGUAUUGGAUGAAGCAACUGCUUCAGUGGACACUGCAACAGAUGGCCUUAUUCAACAAACUAUACGGAACCAAUUUACUGACUGCACAGUAAUUACCAUAGCACAUCGAAUUCCAUCCGUUUGCAAUAGUGACUUGGUCCUAGUAUUGAGUGAUGGAAAUAUUAUUGAAUAUGACUCUCCAACCAAACUACUGGAGAACAAAUCUUCUUCAUUUGCCAAACUUGUUUCAGAGUACACUGUGAGAUCAAUUAAUGUUGAUGGAAAAUAGGUGGUAUGAUAAUAUCAGCUUUCUAAUAUGAUGAUGAAAAGCAAUCCCUGCAUACUGAGAGUUCACAGUUUCAAACCACGAAGCUUUGCUGGUUUUGAUUUGAUACCAUGGGUCAGGCUUCACAUUUUUGGACACUUGGCUUCCUGGAGUGUUUCUAAUUAUGAUGAACAUAUUUAAAGUUUCAAAUCAAUACCAGUGAAGAAAUAGCGUGUAACUGCAUAUUUUCGUCCCAAAGUGUGAUUUAAUAUCUUACCAUUCGUGGUACUUUAAAAGCCUUCAAAUGAUUUCAUCAUUCAAUUCAAGGCACCAUGGGAUAGGAGAUAACAAAAGAAAAACAGGACUUUUCUUUA